UUUGGAAGAAAAUAUUCUUAAAAUAGUUUUUCUUCCAGGCGGAAAUGUAUGAUAAGAGCCGGUACCGGCAUGGAUAUCAGCCUGCUAUUUGCCGCUCAAAUUGACUUUUCAAUUUUCAACGAGUGACGACUGUUGACUAAUCGACUUUUUGGUAGUUUGACUUUGAGUAUUCAACAUUUUUCAAAAAAAUUUAGUUAAUUGUAUUGCUCUAAUUGCUGACGAAUUUUACGAUGGUUUGGAGUUGUUGUAUUCCUUUCUGCGAGUCCAAAGGAAAUAAAGGAUCCAAACUAAAGUUGCAUAAAUUUCCACUUGAUAAAAAUCGUCAAACAUUAUGGGUCAAAUCAAUUCAAAACUUUGAACCGUCAUAUAUAAUGAAGAAAUCCCAUUACGUUUGUCAAUGUCAUUUUUUAUCAACAGACUAUGAGUUAAACAACCUACUAAAAAAAACUGCUGUUCCAUCUGUUUUUAGUGAGGUUAUAACGUUGCUGCCUUAUACAAUUUUUGAGGACAAUAGUAAUUUCCCAUCUCAAGUUCCUUGUGAUACAAAUAGUAGUGGUAACUUGACGCUAUCUCCCUCAGUUGACACUAGUAAGGAUCUAGCAGAAGAGUUGUUGCCUUCUACAAUUGUUGAGGACAAUAGUAAUUUCCCAUCUCAAGUUCCUUGUGAUACAAAUAGUAGUGGUAACUUGACGCUAUCUCCCUCAGUUGACACUAGUAAGGAUCUAGCAGAAGAGUUGUUGCCUUCUACAAUUGUUGAGGACAAUAGUAAUUUCCCAUCUCAAGUUCCUUGUGAUCCAAAUACUAGUAAGAAUCUAGCAGAAGAGUUGGAAUGUUAUCCAUUACAGUUGAUGAAAAGUAGCCAUAAUCAAUCCAAUAGUUCAAAAUCACCAUUAAAAACGGAUGUAAAACAAGAUUUUGCAGUUAUUAAGAAAUCCUGUUCACCUCGAAAAAGAAAAUGUUUUAUUGGUGAUUUUGAUGUCCAGGAUUUAAAUAGUCCAAGAAAGCGGUUACGGUAUUGGUCAGAGUCCCAAAAUACAAUUAAAAAGUAUAAAAGAGAAAUUCUUUUAACAAAGAAAAAGAAUAAAAGACUUUUAAAUAAAAUUAAAAAUUAUAGACAACUAAUCAAUCACCUUAAAAAUAAAAAUUAUAUUUCAGACAACUGUUAUUCAGUAAUUAAGGUAAAAACUACAAAUAAAUAAUAAGAGGAAGUGGCACCCGCAAGUGUUGUCUCAGUCUUACAAGUGUGUACGCUCAGCAUGUCAUAGGCUUUCUAUUAUAUUUUUAUUUUAAGCGAGUUAGGAGUAUUUUAAGGUGUACAAAAGAUUUACAAUUUUAAAAUACUCACUUUAAAAUUAAAAUAUGAUGAAAAGCCUCUGAAAAUGACAAGAUAAUAAUCUUAUCUUUAAAUUUUAAUAGAGGCCAAUUCACUCUAAUUUUCAAACUAUUGUAGCUAAACGUGCUCUGCUGAUCAUAAGAUGUUCUAUAUUACUCAAAUUUUGUUAGACAAGAGACAGCACAUGCAGGUUCCACAUCCUCCAAAUAAAUAAUAAGUUGUGUACUUGUGUGUCCAUGUUACUAAUAAACCUUAUAUUUUUUAAUCUGUACAAUUAAUGGUUUUAUAUUUUAUUAUU